AUGCCUGAGCGGCGGGCCGCUGAGCGUGACCUCUACCGAGACACGUGGGUGCGGUACCUGGGUUAUGCAAAUGAGGUGGGGGAGGCCUUCCGCUCUCUGGUGCCAGCAGCUGUGGUGUGGCUGAGCUAUGGUGUGUCCAGCUCUUAUGUGCUGGCUGAUGCCAUCGACAAGGGCAAGAAGGCUGGAGAUAUGUCAAGCCCAGAAGCAAGCCGCAGUACCAGGGUGACGGUGGCUGUGGUGGACACCUUUGUGUGGCAGGCUCUGGCCUCUGUGGCCAUCCCAGGCUUCACUAUCAACCGCGUGUGUGCAGCCUCCCUCUACGUCCUGGGCACUGCCACCCGCUGGCCUCUGACUGCCCGCAAGUGGACCACCACUGCACUGGGGCUGCUGCUUAUCCCUGUCAUUGUCCACCCUAUCGACAGGUCUGUGGACUUCCUCCUGGACUCCAGCCUGCGUAAGCUGUACCCAUCAGUGGAGAAGCCCAGCUCCUCCUGACCCCCCUCUGGUACCUGGCCUGUGGGUUGGCCCACUCUUUGCUCCAUGCCAGCUUCCUCCUCCUGCCCAGGGAUGUGGGUGCCUGGCUCCUUGGUGUCCUAGGUCCUGGCACCCAAGUGGGUUUGAGCUGGACUGAAGCUUAGAGACAGGCCUGGAGGAGCCACGCUGCAGUUGGACCCUGUCUGCUUCCCUGGAAUCCAUGAGCCUAAGUGGGAUUGGACCCUGGGUGGACCCAGCCCCAGCCCUGUCUUCAACAUGAAAGUAGCACCCUUCCAGUUGAUGGAAGAGGAGACUGAGGCUCAGAGAGGGCAAGGGAUAUGCCCAAGAUCACUCAGGAGGCGAGGAUCCAGGCCUCCCAGCUGCUCAGCUGAGGCACCCCAUGGCACAUGGAAAAAUGGGGGAGUGUAGUAGCGGGGACACCUGAGGAUUGAUCCUCCUACCUCCCCAUCCCUGGUGCAGGGGCUGCGGGGGCCUGGCUGGAAGGCAGGAUAGUUCUGGGCCAGGCCCUCCCAGGAGCCCAAUAAAGCCUCAAGAAUUUGAGUUUUAUUCUGCUUUUCUGUUGGGGAUGAGCAGGGUAUGAUGGUGGGGAGCAGGGCUGGGGCCCCCAGGCAGAGGCUCACUUCUGCAGCCAAGCAUCCCUCACAGAGCCUGGUGCUGGGCCCUGCUGGUGCCUCCCAGUCCACCAACACUGCCCUGCAGGUGC